UGAGUAGUUUCUUGCAUGCCAUGUGCAAGUGUUGUCAGCGGAAGCGGAAGGCAAACGCGAUGAUGUUUUUGUCUUCAAAUUCACGAUGAGUGGCCAGGCCAAGCUCCCCAUUAAACUGCUGUCGGGUUUCAUCUCUAACUGGUUGGCGUAUAUUGCUCACUGCAGUGCUCCGGCAGUCGAUGUCAAAAGUCCAAAUUCCACAGAAGUACCUGGACAGCGACUGCUCCACAAUCCGCUCAACAGUCCAGAUACUAAUUGCCCACUUGGCUCCUCUUUCCUCGAGACUAACACGCCGGCGUGUGCCACAAUUCCUUCAAUUUGCUAUACAGUAAGGUCUGUAGAGUGCCACCCCCUCACUUCUAGCUGCAAACCAAAAGCCGACAAAUUACCUGAGACGUGAAGGCGACGAUGCAAAAUCUCUGCGCCCCUUAUCUACUUGUCCAUCGCCACUCAUCCACAUUCCCACUGCAGGAUGGCCCUGUGUGACUGGAUCGAUGGCUGAUUUGCGCGACCGUGGUGCCUGACUAGUAAGCCAGCCAGCAGCUCUUGUCUUUCCUCCCACACGUUCAUCACACAAGAACAUCCUUGCCCCUGGAAAGUGCGGGGGAGCCGAGAAGGUG